UGCCCCAAAAAACUCGUUUUCUCUGCUCUGUCUCUAUCAUGUGAUAUGAUUAACGUAGUUUGGUAGUAGUGAUGGGUUACCAUUUCAUAGUUUGAUAGACCAAAACAAAGCAAAGCAAAGCGACUUGUUUACAACUUGAAUUUGAACAAUUCUUUUCCUUUCCUUUCUAUCACCUUCAGGUUCAGACGAAGGCCAUUUGGUUUCACUUUCGUACACGCAUUUUGGUUUCAUUACAUUACAUGACCACACAAGAACAGAUCUCAGAAUAGACUCGUUUCACACAACACAGGGUCUAAAAAUUGGUGCUUGAAGAAUGGCAUCAAAGUCUUUCAAGGCUAGCCGAUCUAAUCUAUCGGCAACAUCCGAUGUGCCAGAUGCGCACAACAAGCCACCACUGCCUCCGACGGUGACAUUCGCCCGGAGAACCUCCUCUGGCCGCUACAUCAGUUAUUCAAGAGAUGAUCUCGAUAGCGAGCUCGGGAGCAGUGACUUCAUGAACUACACUGUCCACAUUCCCCCCACCCCAGAUAACCAACCAAUGGAUCCAUCAAUCUCACAGAAAGUUGAAGAGCAAUACGUUUCCAAUUCCCUCUUCACUGGUGGCUUCAACAGUGUCACUAGAGCUCAUCUCAUGGAUAAGGUGAUUGAGUCCGAAGCAAGCCACCCUCAAAUGGCCGGUGCAAAAGGGUCUUCUUGCGCAAUUCCUGGGUGUGAUGCAAAGGUGAUGAGUGACGAACGUGGCAAUGAUAUCCUCCCUUGUGAGUGUGAUUUCAAGAUAUGUAGAGAUUGCUAUAUUGAUGCAGUCAAAAUAGGGGGCGGCAUUUGCCCCGGGUGCAAGGAACCCUACAAGAACACAGAUUUGGAUGAAGUAGCCGUGGACAACAAUGCACGGCCACUUCCUCUUCCCCCGCCAAACGGGAUGUCUAAAAUGGAAAGGAGGUUGUCAUUGAUGAAGUCAACAAAAUCCGUUCUAAUGAGAAGUCAAACUAGUGACUUUGAUCACAACCGGUGGUUGUUUGAGACUAAGGGGACUUAUGGAUAUGGGAAUGCCAUUUGGCCCAAGGAAGGUGGGGGUUUUGGAACUGGGAAAGAUGAUGAAGUUCAUGAGCCAACAGAAUUGAUGAACAAACCAUGGAGGCCUCUGACAAGGAAGUUAAAGAUACCUGCAGCUGUUCUCAGUCCAUAUAGGCUUCUAAUUUUUGUUCGCGUCGUCAUCCUCGGUUUGUUUUUGGCUUGGAGGGUCAAGCAUCCGAACAACGAUGCAGUUUGGCUAUGGGGAAUGUCGGUAGUUUGUGAGAUUUGGUUUGCUUUCUCCUGGCUCCUUGACCAGCUUCCCAAGCUCUGUCCAGUCAACCGUGCAACAGAUCUUAAUGUGUUGAAAGACAAGUUUGAAACACCAAGCCCCAACAACCCCACCGGGAAGUCUGAUCUCCCGGGCAUUGAUGUCUUCGUCUCUACAGCAGAUCCUGAGAAAGAGCCUCCACUUGUCACUGCAAACACCAUCUUAUCCAUUCUAGCUGCUGACUAUCCAGUUGAAAAGCUUGCCUGCUAUGUUUCUGAUGAUGGAGGUGCACUUCUGACAUUUGAGGCUAUGGCUGAAGCUGCAAGCUUUGCAAAUAUAUGGGUCCCAUUCUGCCGAAAACAUGGCAUUGAGCCUAGGAAUCCCGAGUCCUACUUCAAUUUAAAGAGAGACCCUUAUAAGAACAAAGUGAAGUCUGACUUUGUCAAGGAUCGGAGGAGGGUAAAGCGUGACUAUGACGAGUUCAAGGUCAGGAUCAAUGGGCUGCCUGAUUCGAUCCGCCGCCGUUCCGAUGCUUAUCAUGCUAGAGAGGAGAUCAAGGCUAUGAAGCUGCAGAGGCAGAACAGGGAAGAUGAACCAAUAGAGCCUGUGAAAAUCCCGAAAGCGACAUGGAUGGCUGAUGGAACCCACUGGCCUGGUACUUGGUUGAAUCCUUCAUCUGAGCACUCUAAAGGAGACCAUGCUGGUAUUAUACAGGUGAUGUUGAAACCUCCCAGUGAUGAACCACUACAUGGGACUGCUGAUGAUUCCAGCCUCAUCGACCUCACUGACGUCGACAUCCGUCUCCCUCUACUUGUUUACGUUUCUCGUGAGAAGCGUCCAGGUUAUGAUCACAACAAGAAGGCAGGGGCCAUGAACGCCCUGGUUCGGGCCUCUGCCAUCAUGUCCAAUGGUCCAUUCAUCCUCAACCUCGAUUGUGAUCACUACAUUUACAAUUCUCAAGCAAUGAGGGAAGGCAUGUGCUUCAUGAUGGACCGUGGAGGCGACCGCAUCUGCUAUGUCCAGUUCCCUCAGAGGUUUGAGGGCAUUGACCCUUCUGACCGAUACGCCAACCACAAUACUGUCUUCUUUGAUGUCAACAUGCGAGCGCUCGAUGGGCUUCAGGGUCCUGUCUACGUCGGAACUGGCUGCCUCUUUCGUAGAAUUGCCCUUUAUGGAUUUGAUCCUCCUCGCACAAAAGAACACCACCAAGGUUGCUGCAGCUGCUGCUUUGCACGUCACAAGAAGCAUUCCUCUGUUGCAACCACCCCCGAAGAACACCGAGCUCUUAGAAUGGGCGACUCUGAUGAUGAAGAGAUGAACCUCUCCUUGCUGCCUAAGAAGUUUGGGAACUCAAGUUUCCUCAUUGAUUCAAUCCCAGUGGCAGAGUUCCAAGGUCGCCCCCUUGCUGACCACCCGGCUGUGAAGAAUGGACGCCCACCGGGUGCCUUGACAAUUCCCCGUGAGCUUCUUGAUGCAUCAACUGUUGCUGAGGCCAUCAGUGUGAUCUCCUGUUGGUAUGAAGACAAGACUGAGUGGGGUCAUCGUGUUGGCUGGAUUUAUGGUUCUGUCACUGAGGAUGUGGUCACCGGUUACAGGAUGCACAACAGGGGAUGGAAGUCGGUUUACUGCGUGACCAAGCGUGAUGCAUUCCGUGGAACUGCUCCAAUCAAUCUAACCGAUAGGCUACACCAGGUACUCCGAUGGGCUACUGGCUCUGUCGAGAUUUUCUUCUCUCGCAACAAUGCCCUUUUGGCCAGCCCAAGAAUGAAGUUCCUACAAAGGAUUGCAUACCUCAAUGUUGGAAUCUACCCCUUCACUUCCAUCUUCCUCAUUGUGUAUUGUUUCCUUCCAGCGCUUUCCCUCUUCUCGGGGCAGUUCAUCGUGCAGACCCUCAAUGUCACUUUCCUCACUUACCUCCUCAUCAUCACCGUCACUCUAUGCAUGCUUGCCGUUCUCGAGAUCAGGUGGUCUGGUAUUGAGCUGGAAGAGUGGUGGAGAAAUGAGCAGUUUUGGUUGAUUGGAGGGACAAGUGCUCAUCUUGCUGCUGUACUUCAAGGGCUAUUGAAAGUCGUUGCAGGGAUUGAAAUCUCCUUCACCUUGACAUCAAAAUCCGGCGGUGAUGAUGUGGACGAUGAGUUUGCUGAUCUGUACACUGUCAAAUGGACAUCACUCAUGAUACCUCCAAUCACAAUCAUGAUGACCAACCUGAUUGGUAUUGCCGUCGGGUUUAGCCGUACUAUUUACAGUGUCAUACCGCAGUGGAGCCGCUUACUCGGUGGAGUUUUCUUCAGUUUCUGGGUGUUGGCUCAUCUCUACCCCUUCGCCAAAGGGCUUAUGGGUCGGCGGGGGAGGACGCCCACCAUUGUUUUUGUAUGGUCGGGACUUAUCGCGAUUACCAUUUCCCUCCUUUGGGUUGCAAUCAAUCCUCCUGCUGGCUCUAACCAAAUUGGAGGUUCCUUCCAGUUCCCUUAAUUGGUUAAUUCUUUGACGUCAGAACGAAUGGUAAAUUAUUCAAUAGAUCGUUACAGGGCUAUUGAGAAAUGAUUCAAUUCAGAUGGUUCAGUCUAAGGUUCGAAAAAGAUUGAGAAAAAUUUGUAAUAUUUAUUUAUUCAUUUUACUUUCCAACAAGAGAGAGUUAAUUGUGUUCUUCUGUUAGUUCUUUUUCUACAGAGCUUUCAGGUUCAGCAGCUUGAGUACAAGUAAAGACUGAUGGGACCAAGACUGCAUUUUGUUUUGUCAAAUGAUGUAUUGAUUUUUUAGUUUUCAUUUCUUGUUACAUGGAACAUAUUUUCAAUUA